AUGGUUUUACCAUUAAAUUUCAACACAGAUAUAAUUCGACAAAUAAUUUUGUCGUUGAGAGAUGAUAAGACAUCACUUUUUCGUUGUUUGUUGAUAAACCAAACAUGGUGUUCUCAAACAAUUGACAUUCUUUGGAGACAACCAUUCCGACUCCUUUUUUUUUGCGCCGCUCAAGAGGAGGAUGAAAACACUUGUAAUUGCACCUAUUUAAAUCAUCAACGUCAGGCGAUAAACUUAAUUGAUACGUACAUUUUAAACAUCUUUCGGGAGAACGAACAGAGUUUGAUCGCAGGUUCUUUUAUUCAACGAGGGCAACUACCAAAAUUAAAGUUUGAUUACGCUGGUUAUUUACGAAACAUCGACAUUCAUGAGAUGGAUUUAGCCAUAAUUGAAUUUUAUUUUUUAAAUAGCUCAACGUUAAAGCUUCACGAAAACUACAAAGAUCGACAGGUAUCGCAAGCUGCAACGGAUGGUACGUCACCCCCACCGAUAAAUUAUGGGGAGGCAAUAAAAUAUCUGGCGAAAUCUUAUGGACCAACCUUAUUUAAGAAAUUACAAAAUACCAAUUCCGAAUAUCAAAUAAUAUCGGAGGUACUAUUAAAAUUCUUCAUGAGGAAGUGUAAAAAUUUACAACGAAUUUCACUAGAUAUAACUCAAAUAUAUAAGAAAACUUUAUUCAACCGGUGUAACGAAAUUCAACGGUAUCCUACCGCCUUAUUGUACAAGGGAGGUGGAAGAAACAUUCUGGAAUAUAAGGCGAUCGAGAUCUACUUUUUCAUCCCCAAACAACCCGACGCGCGAGAUUGUUUAUCACAUAUCCGAGAAUUAAUUUGUACGACGAAAAGGAAUAAAGCGGAUUUCUUUCUAACCAUAUCAAAAUAUGUUCAUAAACUUGUUAAGUUGGAAAUAGAUAUUGAUUAUCCGAACGUUAAAUAUUAUGGUAUAUCAAGGGAUCGUAAUAAUUUAAAGAACGAAGUAGCAAAUUUAGUCGAAUUAAUUCAUAAUCAACAACAUUUAUCUCAUCUCAUUUUACAUCAUUGUCCUGUGGACUUUCAUUUAUUAAUGAAAGAAUUACGAGAGUCUCAGGCGAAACGUUUAAAGGUAUUAAAAUUGAUGGGAAUUAAAUUUGACGAUAUGAAGGCUCUCUCUCACGUGACGAGUAUUUUAUCACUUCAAAAACUUCAAUUAUAUAAUUGUACAUUUCAAAACAAUGAACAUUAUGAUGAUGUCGAUUAUUUUAGCGAAAAAUUGUAUUUACCAGAACUCAACACGAUUGAUCUGAAUAAUUCUUAUAUCCCUCAUCAAUUCUUGCAAUGUUUAUUACAAAUUUGUUCUUCCAACUUGGAAUAUCUGGACAUCGGGAAAACGUCAUUCACGGGUAACCCAAUGUUUAAUCCGAUCGAAUUCGCAUCUACCAAUUUCUCCAAUCUCAAAUAUUUCAAGUGCGGUCUUCAACCCUUUGAAAAUAAUUACCUGAUAACUUUAUUAUCAUAUUCUAGUGAUGUUAUUCAAUCAAUUAUUUUGGACAAUUCUGAUGUUUCAUUUGAAGCAAAUAACAUCGCGUUGUGUUUUUAUAAAUUAUCGGAAAUGGAAUUUGUCAAAUUAAAAUAUUUUGGCAUUAGAGGAAAUUUCAUAUUUUCCGAAUAUACUUUGGCCAAUUUUUUGAUGAACAAGUUUAGAAAAUGUAGGGGAUUGAAAUUACACACGUUGGAGUUUACCAAUAACAAUUGGUUCACCGAUGAUUAUUUGAAACAAAUUCUCAAAUGCUUGGGGGAUGGAUUUACAUGCAACAGAUUGAUCAUCUCUACAAAGAAUUUAAUUAGUCCUAAGUUAUUAUCAAAAACAAGAGAGAAGAUUAGAGCGGUUCUAUAUGUGAAGCUUUAA